UUAAUGACACUUGUUCAUUCUCUCUCUCACUCUCUCUCUCUCUUUCUCUCUCUCAAGUCAUUACGUGUGAAAGUUUUUAGUGAUUUUCAAGGACAAAACCCUCGGUACUCUCCACAUCAGCAGCUACUUCUGAAGAGCACUCGUUGAUUGCAUUCACAUAACUGAAGAGAGAAUCAUGCCGUGCAUCAGGAUCUGUAAGAUAGUCAAAAGGAAUACUCUUGAAACCUUGAGGAAAAUCUGGGGUGUUUGGGACUUGAGGGUUCUAGCUAUAUGUAUCCUCUUUACUCAAUUAUACCUUCAUAUUUUUGGACAACGCCGUAGAAAGAGUACAGCAGGGCUGAUGAAUACUAUGGGUGUUGGGUUAUUAUACUUGCUCGCUGAUUUGCUGGCAACAAUUGCUCUUGGAAAGGACUCAAAGCUCAAUGCUGACGCCUCUGAUACUAAUUCAACAAAUCUGUUGAGAGGUUUAUGGGCAACAAUAAUCUUUUUCUUUCUUGGAGGUCCAGAUACCCUAACUAUCCUACGCUUGGAAGAAACCAGCAUGUGGUUGAAACAACUUGUAGGACUACUUACACAAGGUGUAAGAACAAGUGUUAUCAUGAUUGUAACCUGGAAUAUUCGUGAUAAUAAGUUGUCUAUUCUGGCUCUGUUGAUGUUUUUUUCUGGACUUAUCAAGUAUGGAGAGAGAGUGUGGGUAAUCAAGUCAGGAUCUAAGGAAAAGUAUGAGGGUUUUGUUGUGUUAGGUGAAUCCAAAAUUAGAGAUAGUAUUGCACAGGAACAACGACCUAACGUGAAAUUAGUGCUCCAAGCCUAUUCCUUUUUCCAGACCUUUAUUCCCAAUAAUGCGCAAAACAAACGUAGACACGAAUUGAUUCGUGAAUUCCGCGAAUGGGUGCUUGAAAGGGGUACUACUCACAAUACUUUCAAAUUGAUUGAGAUUGAGUUGGGAUUGAUGUAUGACAUCCUCUUCAGCAAGGUAGGCACGGUUUUUACAUUCUAUGGAAGCAUUCUUAGAUUGAUUAGUUUCUCUUGCAUAGCUUUUGUUCUGGUGGUAUUUUGCUUCUUUAAAAAGCCUCGUGAGCUUUUAGAAGGUGAUAUUCUGAUUACCAUAUGUUUGCUUGUUGGAGCCCUUGUUUUAGAGAUAGCUGGAGUUCUUGCGCAACUUUGUUCAGAUUGGGCAAUUGUUUGGGCAUUUAAGUAUUACCCGAGUAAGCUGGUCAUGCCAGUUUUUCAUCUACACGAAUUUGUGUUCUCUAAAAGCAAACGGUGGUCUGAGCUUAUGGGACAAUUUAGUUUACUAAACUAUUGCACCAAAAAUAAGUGCAACAUGGUCUAUAAUAUUGUAGAAACUGUGUGGAACAGGGAAAUCGUGUUGGCGAAGUUCAGCCUGCCAUUGAGUCCAAUCCAACCUAGUUUGAAAGAACUAAUCAUCAAUCAGCUUCGCAACAAGCUGAAGAGGAAUGUUCCCGAAGCUGAAACUUCUGAGGCUUCAAACAGAAAAAUAGGUGAGUGGACCCUUACAAAUUAUGGACAUCUGGAUGCAUUUAAGUGGAUUAUCGAGCUAGAAUUUGAUGAAAGUAUUGUCAUAUGGCAUGUUGCUACGGACGUUUGCUAUCAUUUAGAAUUGGAAGAUCCUAAGUUGAUCACAGAUGAAGUGGAAACAACUAAAAUAUUGUCAUAUUACAUGAUGCAUUUGCUUCUCAUGUCCAAGUUUACCCAUCUGCGAUGAUAUUGACACAUUUGAUGAGGCCUAUACUAAUGUGAAAAAGUUUUUUGAUGAAAGAGAUUCUGGAUCAUCUAAUGUAAAACCUUACAAGCUCUUGGAGAAAGAGUGGAAGGAAGAAUGGAGCACCAAUUUGACAAUGAACAAGAUCCAAAAACUUGUUUGUGGUUUGAAGGAAGAAAAAGAGAACAAGUGGAAUAUUAUGAGCAAUGUGUGGGUGGAGAUGUUAUGUCAUGCCGCGAAUCGUUGCCUAUUGAAGCAUCAUGCUCAAGAGCUUAGAAGUGGUGGACAAUUUGUCACUCAUGUUUGGCUUCUACUUAUGCACUUGGACGAAAUAAAAAGGCUAGAGAAAGAUACAUCUGAAGAAUCAAUGGAUGAAAUCGAGGCAGGUUACGAAGCAAAAGGGUUUUUUCAAACCCUUGCGAAUGUUUUCGGGGAAUGUGUGAAUGGGUAGUUUGAGUUACUUUCAACUUACUCAUACUACCAUUGAGCUGUGAUGUUUUGGAGAAGCUAUUGUUUUAGAUGCUUUGAAAAGAUUGUUGUUUCUCAUUGUGUGUUGUGUCAUAUGAGCUUUUCGCUGUCUUAAUUUCUAUGAUUUUGUGAUGGUCUCUGUUGUCUUUAAUUGUGAUCAUUUCAGUUGGAUUGUAGUUCUCUAUUGUACUAUUUCCCU